AACAAUGGCAACCUACUAAUUAAAAUAAUUUAACAGAUUUUAUUAAAACGAAAACAUUAAGAGAAGGUUGAAUAUCAAAUUCUUAUCACUCAUACUAACAUUUAUCUUUUAAGAACUACAUCUCUUUUUAUCCGUGAUACCCUUUAAGACACUGUUAUAUCACAUAUGGCUCACAAAGUGCUUCUGGCUCAAAAUAACAACAAAGGCACACAGCUUCCGUACAGUGAAUGAGGCCCCGCCUUCGAAAGAGAAGCUCCUGUCUGCUCCUCCCUUUACAUCCUCCAGUCUCCUUCCUCCAUACAAACACACACACUCCCCUCCACCUCCUCCUCUCCUUUAUUAGCUCCCACGGCCUCACAGCAGCCUCACUUAUCAUUUCCACUCAGAGCGUCCACCCUCCCUCCCGCAAUGGAUCUUCACAUCCCGGCACACUCCCGCCUCAUGGCCCAGGAGAAACAACAGAUGCUGGAACUCAACCGCCGCUUGCAGAGUUACCUGGGACGGGUCAAGCUCCUGGAGGAGGAGAACUCACAGCUAGCCCAGGAGAUCAAAGCCCUGCGACAUGGACACCACGGUGGAGCCGUGAAAGAGAGGAACUUGAAGAUAGAUCUCCAUCGGGCUAGAGAGGAGCUGGAAGAAGUCUGGAGACAGAGGGCCUACGCUCAGAUGGAGGUCUGCAAGCUGAACGAGGAGAUGGAGAUAGUGAAGUGGCACUGGCAGAAGGAGGUCCGGGCUCGAGAGGAGAUUGGGUCGAAGAUGGAGCUGAGCAGGAAGGAGCUGGAAGAGGAGCUCGGCGCUCAUAUGUGGCUCAGGGACAGGAUCAACCAGCUAGAACAAGAAAUGGACCACCUGCUUCACACCCACGAGCAGGACGUGGCCCACCUGAAUGCCACUCUGAUCCAAUCUGCGCCACCUUGCUUUACCCCGAUGCCCGACCUGCAUCAGCUGGAGCAGGAGCUUAGCCAGCGGGCCUCCAUGGCCUGGCAGGAGACGGCAGAAGCCUACCAGGCCCAGCUGGACCAACUCCAAGAGAGUCUGAAGGAAACAACAACCCGUUUGGACCAGACAGAGCGUCACAAGAACGAGUACACAGUCCAGCUGAACGCCCUGGAGAGAGAGCGGAUCUGUGAAGUGGACGUUAGGAGGCAACUGGAGGAGACCGCGGAGCAACAAAGGGAAGAACACAGGCAGCAUGUGCAUGCACUUCAGGAGCACCUGGAUGACCUGGAGAAUGAGAAGCAGCAUCUAGGUCAGAAGUUGGAGCUUCUCCUGCAGGAGAACCGAGGUUUGCUUCAGCAGAAGAUGUCAAUGGGCCUGGAGGUAGUCACCUACAGAGCUCUGCUGGACAGUGAGAGCCUGCGGCGGAACGACGUCGCUCUAAUGAAAGACUCCAGAAAUAUUUCCUUUAAAGACAUGUCAGUGAAGCCUUUACGAGGGAAUUACCAGCGACCCGCUCGCCGUGAGAACGCCACGUCAGUCUGGAGACCACAGACUACUUCUACGACACCUUUGAGGAGCAAGUUCAUAACCGUCAACCAAGUUCAGAGAGAUGAAGUUAAAACAACGAAUGUGGACAAACAACCUUAUCCUAAAAUAGUACAAAAUGGAGCUGUUGAGGAGUUCCGAGCGCAAGAAGUGGAUGAGAAAGUGACAUACGCAGAACCUUUGUCUUCUCCAAGUCAGGAGGAACCUGAAGAACGUCCUGCUGAAGUUGUUGAAGAGGAAAAUAGUGGGAAAAGUGUGGAAACAGUAGUCCAUUCAGGAGCUCCACCAAGUGAAGAACUAGGGUCAUUGAUCAUAGAAAGCAAGAAUAAGAUAAAUCAGAGCCAAUCAAGCACCCAGGAACCAAAAUUAGAACUUCUGGGAAUCAGGGAAGAAAACUUUGGUUCUUCAGAUGGGUUUGAUCAAGAGUUGCCAAGUGUUCCAGUUGAGGAAAAAGCAGUGGUUGACUUUCAACUAAGAUUAGGAGCUCCAAAAAGUGAAGAUCUAGGGUCACUUAUCAUAGAAGACAAAAAUGAGAUAAAUCAGAGCAAAUUGGGCACCCAGGAACCAAAAUCAGAACUUCUAGGAAUCACAGAAGAUAUAGUCAGUUCCUCAGUUGACUGGGAUCAAGAAUCAUCAGGUGUUCCAGUGGAGAAAAAAGCAGAGUUUGACCUUCAACUACAGUUUGGAGCACCUCCACUCAUGAAGGACAUUGCUCAAUCCCAAUCUGGCCUGCAAGAACUGACAUCAGACCUUCCAAAUACGAGCGAAGAAACCUUCAGUUCCUCUGCUGGGUAUGAUCAAGAACAGUCGCCAAGUGUUCUGGUGGCGCAAAAAGCAGCUGUCAACUUUCAACUACAGUCAGAAGCUCCGCCACCGAUUACGGAGACCGAUCGGCAACCAUUGGGCACCCAGGAACCAAAACCUGAAUUCAUGGAGACUUUCAUUAACACGACAAGUAUUCCGAGUGAGGCGUGGCUGGAGAAUGACAUGCAGGAGGAAAUGUCAAGUUCUGGAACAGAAGCAUUACUGGAAGCCACCCCAGAAUCCAGAACCGGCAGUUCGUCUUCCCAGUGUGAUGUGACUGAGAUCGGGCAGGAAAUAAACUACUCCACUUUGGGAACGACCAUGACGGAAGCAGUGGAUGUCUUGUAUCCGGAUGGUGAAGAGAUGGACACAUGGGACAGCGUGAUAGAAAAGAAAGUCCAAGUUGAGUCCAGUGAACCUCAAAUAGAAGUGGAAAGACAAUACGCGGAACCAGAGGAGGACAUCUCAACAAGAAGGUCUGAAAUGAGUCGCAAAGAAAUAAAAAAGGAAGAAGACCAAGCUUGGCGUCACUGUCAAGAACAUCCACCACCUCAUGAUGAUGAAGACUUUAACGACGAGGAUGAGGACUCCCAAAAUGUCUCGGUAUCGUGGAGGACGGAAUUAGAGAGCGAUAGUUAUGCUCAAGAGAACACGCUAGCAGACACACGACCGCUAAUCCGCUACACCAGUGAUGAAACGGAUGCAAACACGUUAGCCUCACAUGUGGAUGAGAGUGACAUCAGUGACGGUGAGCACGACGGGAAGACUGGAGAGACGGUUGGACCUGGUUGGAGUGAGAGCAAGGCAAAGAACUUUGGAACCAUGGAGGAUCUUUGUGAGGAAGUAGAAGAAGAGGUGCUAGAAUCAUCAUCUGGACUGAAGAAAGUGAGUGGGGUCCAUUUAGAAGAUCUACCAACCGAUGCGGAAGACGUGGAGCUUGAGACGGACAGACUUGUGGAGCAGGAAUUGGAGAACCUCUCCACAGACGGAUACGCGUCCCACUUUGCUCAAGCGCUGGCCAAUGAGAGGAAAGUUCUGCUGUCUGAAGAUGAUGAGGAGGAUCCUGAAUUGUUGACGAUGGUACAAAAAGUAAUUGCAGAAUCUGAUGUCCAAGUUGAGCGCAAGAAGGUCUUUCUGGAUUAUGUGCAGUGUGAGAGAGGGCAAGAGGUGGAAAAGGAGGAAGAAGUCAAGGAUGAAAUAAGAACGUUGGAAGGAGUCAUGAAAUCAGACAUUGAAGUGGAACGCGACCAGGAAUUUAAGGAAUCUGUGCAGCCUAAGGAAGAGGUGGAAGAGAAGGUCCAAGAUGAUAAAGAAGUCAUAAUUGAAUCUGCAAAUACAGAUGAAGAAGUGGAACAAAACCUGGAUUUGAUGGAACCUCAUUUGGACACUGUGGAUGAUGUGGAGAAGAUCCCAGAUGAAAUAAAAAGUAUAGAACAAGAAGAGCUCAACGAAGAAAACUUUUAUACAGAUCCUGAUGUCCAAGAAGAAGACAAUCUCAAAUUUGACGCCACCAUCCCGCCUCAUUCGGACACAACAGAUUAUAAAACAAAGAAAAUGGUGGGAGUAAAUCUAAAAUCACACAUGGAUUCUGAUCUCCAAACAAAAGACAACCUGGACCCUACGGAUUUUGGUCAGCUUCAGUUGGGCUCAAUGGAUGAUAAUCUGGAGAAGGUCAAGGAAGGACUGUUGAAACAAGAAGAGGUACAGGACAUGCACCUGCUCUCCUGCACUGAAUCUGAUCUCCAGGUGGAAAGCAAUCUGGAGCUGCAACCUCAGUUGGACACUCCAGAUUACGAGACAAAGAAGGUGGAAGUAAAUCUAAAAUCACACAUGGAUUCUGAUCUCCAAGCAAAAGACAACCUGGACCCCAUGGAUUUUGGUCAGCUUCAGUUGGACUCAACGGAUGAUAAUCUAGAGGAGGUCCAGGAAGGACUGUUGAAACAAGAAGAGGCACAGGAAGUGCACCUGUUGUCCUGCACUGAAUCUGAUCUCCAGGUGGAAAGCAAUCUGGAGCUCCAGCUUCAGUCUGACUCUCUAGAUGAUGACUCAUUGGAAGUUAUGAAGGAGAAAGAGGUCCAAGAUGAAAUGAUGACCACGGAACAAGAAGAAGCUGAUGAAGUCAACUCGCCAUCGUACACUGAUCUUGAUGUCCAAGUAGAAGACCUCAGAGAUUUCGUCCUACCUCAGGUGGACUCUCCGGAUGAUGAUCUCAGCAAGGUCCAGGAUGAAAUAUUGACUCAAGAAGAAGCACAGAAAGUUUACCUGUUGUCCUGCGAGGAAUCUGAGGUCCAAGAGAAACCCAAUCCUAACAUGCGGCCUCAGUCGGGCUCUCCAGAUAACAAGAAGAAAGACGAAGAUGAAUUAAUGACCGUGGGACAAGAAGAGACUAACAGAGUGAACUUGCCAUCCUGGACGGACCAUGUUGUCCAAGUAGAAGGAAAUCUUGACCUUGGAGCUCCUGUCCAGCCUCCAUUGGACUCUCUAGAUGUAAUUUUGACACAAGAAGUUGCCCCAAAGGUGAGCUUACCAGUCUGUAUAGAUGCUGAUGUCCAAUUUGAAGAAAAUCUAGAUGUCAGGGAUAUAAUUCGACCUCAGUUGGAGUCUCCGGAUGAUGAAAGAGUUAAAGACGGUUCAGAGUCUCCAGAGAAACAAGAGCUUGAUGUUUCAAUGGUGACUCAUGUGAGUGAGAGCUUUAGUGAGUUCCUCAGUGGGCCUUGCCUGGAAGAAGAACAAAAGCAUAUGGAGAUGCAACAGUCUGAACCUCAAAAUAAAGGUCUCCUCCAUCUGGAAGAAGAAUGGGCUGUCCUGGAGAACACCAUAGAAGAUGUUGAUGUUCAAUAUUCAGAAACCGAAGAAGAAUCUGUUGAUAGUCAAGUUGGCGAAGAAAGAGGUGAUGUCAAGGGUGCCGCCACAAUCGAAGAGGGACCUGUCAAGAUCUCCUUGAAAGAAACUGUCAUCUUUCCAGAGGAGGACUCCUCAACGAAAUUCCACCAAAGCAACGGCAAACACAAACGAGAUUUCUGGGCUUCGUCUUUGGAAGCGGCCGCUUACGGUUCAGACGUCAUCGCCACGGAAACAUCUGAGAUUCACGACGUGGAGUUCGGAGCAGAGCUUGACUGGGGGAAGGCUGUCAAUGGGAGUUCCGCCCACACAGGCACCGUCACAAAGGUGCAUUCUGAAGAUCUGGAAAUUAAGGGAGAACCCUGGUCUUCAGGGAAUGACUAAUCCAGUCCUCAAGAAAUGGGAUGUGUAUGAAAACGUAGCAUUUUAGUCUUUGGAAAUGUCGCUAACGUAGGCUAGCCCGGACAACAGGGUGUCUAUUUAAUUUUUGAUCCUUUUGGAGAGACAGCGAGAAAGAAAUGUGGUAUUUAGUAUGUGGCAAAAUGGCUUUUUACAUGUGAUUUUUUUUUUUUUGGUAUGUGGCAAAAUUGAUUUUGCCAUGUGGCAUUUUUUUAGUAUGUGGCAAACAGGAUUUUGGCAUGCGGCUAAUUGGAUUUUGGCAUGUGGCAAAAUUGAUUUUGACGUGGAAUUUUUUUGGGGUAUGUGGCAAAAUUGAUUUUGGUAUGUGGCUUUUUUUUGUAAUGUGUAGCAUUUUUUUCGGUAUAUGGCACACAUUGCUUCCCCAAAAUGAAUGGAAAAUUUGGACGUUCAUAGCAGUCAAUGGCAUAGACUUACUUGGGUGCCAGUAUAAUGUCAAUGCGCUUUAAUGGUAAAUGUAUGGUCAAAAAUCACAGCCACACAUUUUUCUGCCAUUUAAUCAAUCAAUCCAUCAAUCACUCAAAAAUGAAUGGAAAAUUUGGACGUUCAUAGCCGUCAUUGGCGUAGCCUUACUUGGGUGCCAGUUCAAUGUCUAUGCGCUGUAAUGUAAAAUAAAGUGGAAAAUUUGGACGUGCGACCCUCGUGAGGGAUAAGCGGCUCGGAGAAUGAAUUAAUGGAUGAAUAAAUGGACGUGCAUAGCUGUCAAUGGCAUGUACGUGCAUGGCCUGCAAAAAUACCAUUUACCAAAAAACAAAACAAAGCCACAUUGCAAAACAAAAUGCCACAUGCCAAAAUCUGUUUUGCCAAAUACCAAAAAAAAAAAAGCCAAAUGGCAAAAUCAAUUUUGCCACACACCCAAAAAAUGCCACAAGGCAAAAUCAAUUUUGCCACAUACCAAAUACCACUUUUCGUUGUUUGCCCUGCUAUCCUUUUGAGGGCGGAAUUUCACAAAAUUCUAGCUAGGCUUUGAAAUUGAGAAUUACAACCAAAUGGGCUCACACUUGUUGGUUAUAGCUCCCUCUGCUGUUUGUGAAUGUAUUUUCAUGCCAAAAAUGAUGGUUUUUUUCCAAACACCCGCGCACUGGUUUCGCAUUGCUAGCACCUCACACGAGCUAAUUUUCCAGUUGCUAGCCGGAUGUUUGCCGCAUCUGCAUCUUUUCCCGCCACGCUAAUCUUAGAAUUCAACCCCCCGGGAGGAACGUGAACCAUUGAUCAGGGCUUAUUGAUUCAAUUGAACUGGUCACGUUUCACUUCCUGGAGCUAAUCGAUAAGAGGAGAUCAUGCUAAUGACUGAUUGUUGGGUAACCAAACGCUCAUGCGGAUGUGAAGUGUUUGUUUUUUUGAGCAAUAAAUUUGUGUUUCUCUUUUUUUGCUUGUUUCAUUGAGCGAUUUUGUUUUGAGUAUAUUUAAAAGUGAUUAAAAAGCUGAAUGACAAGAAUGUGUUUUGUGUUUUUUUGGUGUUUUUCUUAUCCUCAAAUGAAUCCAUGCAGUGU